AUGGCGCCGGUUCCGAAGACCGUGGGGCGGAUCAAGCUAGGGACUCUGCGGCCCGGUUGCCCGCCGGGGGUCGCUGCUGCCCCCCAGCUCCGCAAGGAAUUCGGUCCCGAAGACUACGGCGAAGAGGACAGAGUGGAUUUUCUUGGACAGCUGGUGGAACCAGGUCCCUGCGGCCUGCACUGGAGCUUCGAGGAGGGGAGCAGCAGGCGGCUGCAGGGGCGGCACCAAGAUUAUGUCCAGAACCAGCUCCGCCAUGAGGCCAAAACAGCUGGGCAGAGUGAAGGGGGCAAGGAGGCCAAGGGACUGAGCACCUACUGUGGUCUCCAGAAGGCCUUUCUGUCCUGUCCCCAAGAGGCGAGGCCUAGGCCUCAAGGCCCCGCUACCUCUGCAUCCUUCCUCCGUGAGUCAGAAAGUCUGCUUCAGGUGGUCAUGCCCCAGAGGAUCCUAGUGACUGAAGAGGAAGCUAACCGUCUGGCUGAGGAGCUGGUGGCUGAGGAGGAGCGAGUGAAGCAGAAAGCAGCGAAGAAGCGGCUGAAGAAGAAGCGUCAAAAGGAGCGAAAGCUGCAGGAGCGCUUGGAGCAGGAUGGCGGGGAGGCCACCGGCAAGACCAGCCUGCGUGGGGAUGAGAGCCCCCCUCCCAGCCCCAGGCACCCGGCUCAGGGGCAGUGUGAGGAGGAGGAGGACUCGCUGGAUCUUUCCAGCACUUUUGUGUCUCUAGCUUUGCGCAAGGUUGGGGAUUGGCCCCCUCGUGCCCGGAGAGACAAAAGGCUGAGCCAGGACCCCCCAGGCAGGAGCCAGGACCCCCAGGGGAAGAGGGGCCAUGAGGAAGGGAGUCCUCCAAGAGAAGAGAGCCCUAGUCAGAGUCCGAAGGUUGAGGUGUCUGCAGGACUGCUGGCAGCUGCCUCACAGCAGAGCCAGGAGCUAGCAAGUGAGACUCCUUCUCGGCCCCUCACCCUGCCCUCCCGAGGGUGGCCCCUUGUGAACCUUCCCUCUCUUUCUUGCCCAGACUUGGGAACCCACUUUGCCCAAAAUGGCUUCUACCGUGAGGCCGUGGUCCUCUUUACCCAGGCCUUGAAGCUCAACCCCCAGGACCACCGGUUAUUUGGAAACCGUUCCUUCUGCCAUGAGCGGCUGGGUCAGCCGGCGUGGGCACUGGCGGAUGCCCAGGUGGCUCUUACCCUUCGUCCAGGCUGGCCCCGAGGCCUCUUCCGCCUGGGCAAGGCUCUGAUGGGGCUGCAGCGCUUUGAGGAGGCAGCUGCCGUGUUCCUGGAGACUUUGAGAGGCGGGUCCCAGCCGGACGCAGCCCGGGAGCUCCACUCUUGCCUUUGCCACCUCGCCCUGGAGGAUAAGCGGAAAGGAAUGUGUGUCCCACCACUGUCGGCUUGGUUCUCACCGCCAUGCACCCAUGCCAAGCCAGAGCCCCCAGGCCUACUGCCCCUCAGUCCCGCUGGAACCACAUCUCCCAGGACCCAUGGCCUUCUGCCUCCCCCCACAAAUUAUCUUCCAUGUCACCCAAGCCACCCCAAUGGCCCCCUCUCCCAGGCGCAGAGUAGAGGAACCCCUCCUCUCUAUCUCCAUGACCCCGAAAAGGGCUGGCGUGGGAGCCCCCAUCAACCACAGACCAGGUUUACCAUCAAUGACCACCACGCCAACGCAGCCUCUCCCUUUCCACGGCCUGUCUGAAAUGCCUGCUCCCCAUUUGCUUCUCCUCCGAGAUCCUGGCAGUGACCCUGGACUGGUUUCUGCCUCUCAGCCGGUCUGGGCCUCUCAGCUCACUGAUGUGUGACCCAUGCAGAGACUUUGAAGCCUUCCCAGAAUGCCUUUUCCAGAAAAGCCAUUUAUCAGGGUCAAUGCCAAUGCUUCUCACUCCCUGGGGGGUCUCCCGCAACACUGUUCACCUUAGGGAGAGAGUGGAGAAGCCUGUCCUUCAGAUAAGACGUUGCUAAGUUCUCUGUAUUGAUACAGGCCUAAAUUCUAAAUUCUUAUGGUACAGGCCUUCUAAAUACUGUGUGGCAGGCCAGCUGCCAGCUUUGCCCCCUGUGGGCAGAUGUCUUAACACCUGCGCCUCAAUUCCUUCAUCCGUAACACGGUCAGUACCUACCUCACAGGGCUGUUGUGAGGAUUGCCAAUGGAAGGGCGAGGAAGAGCAGACCUGCUCCCAGUACCCCGUGGGCACUGAAUAAACCUGGCUAUGGCCUGCA